AUGAAGCCUGUCACCCGAAUUGGAUCCCUGGCGCUUCGUCGCGCGGCCGCAAUGCCGCUACGCGCCUCGACGCCUGCCAAUGGCAUGAUUGCGCGCGCUGGCGCCGUCACUGUGCGCAGAGCGUCGGCGCGCGCUUUCCACGGCAGCGCGAGCGGGCGCAGCAUCAUGCCGGAUAGCGAGAACCCUGCGCCCAAGCAGUCGGAGGAGCACGAGACGCCGACGGUGCCCACGGACAUCUCCACCAGCGAGUUCCACGAGCGCGCCGACGAGUACCUGAACGAGCUGGUCGAGCGCCUAGAGGAGGCACAGGAGAAGAGCCCCGACAUUGAGGUCGAGUACUCGGCUGGCGUCCUUCGCGUCGACUUCAUCUCCAAGCAGCUUAGCUACGUCAUCAACAAACAGCCGCCGAACAAGCAGAUCUGGCUCAGCUCGCCCAUCUCCGGGCCCAAGCGCUUCGACUGGGUGGUGCUGCAGGAGGGCCAGAACGCAAAGGAGGGCAGCGGCAGCGGCGACUGGAUAUACCUGCGCGAUGGCACGAGCCUGACCGACAUCAUCCGCAAGGAGCUAGGCAUCGACAACGAGGUCGACGACGAUGUGCCGAGGUAG